AUGUUUGUUGAAGAAUUUGGCCCCGAUUUUGUCUAUUUGCCUGGAAAAGAUAACGCGAUUGCCGACUGCUUCUCUCGGCUUCUGCGAAUGGAGAAGCCGUCUGAAGGGAAGAGUCCAAAUAAGGGUAAAUUGAUUGCGUUUGACAAAUUACAGGUUUCUGUUGAUCCCGAAGACAAAAUCUACACAUUUGAAGAUAAUGUUCUGGUAAAUAAAAAUGAUUUGAUUACGCCACCAACAGAAGCCGAGUUCAACAGUACCUUUCGAUGUCAAUUCUCCUGUUGCCGAGAUGGAGAUAUUCAUGAACAUCUGACCAUUGACGACAUUGAAACAGAAGAGUCCUUUUUGAAUCAUCCUCCUCUACAAACGAUGCCGAACCCAAUCACAAUGCCAAACAUUCAACAACAUCAAACUCAAGAUCAACUGCUCAUGCAACAAGCUCAACGCGAUGCACAGCACUACCAGAUCAAGACAAUUGACGAGCGACUCAUCAUCACCUAUCAAAUCAAUCCUGCACGUCAAGACGAUUGGAGAAUUUACUUGCCUUUGAGUUUGGUUGAUGAUGUAAUCACCUGGUAUCACCUUGUGCUUGGACACAGAGGAAAAACGUCAAUGUAUGCUACAAUUGCAAAGCGAUUCUAUUCUCCUGGAUUGAAGCAACAAAUUGAACGAUUCAACUGUGAGAUUUGCCAACUCAAUAAAGCGGCAAAUGUUCAAUAUGGACAGCUACCUGAGCGACACGCGGAUUUGGUUCCAUGGUUCUCAGUUGCUGUUGAUUUGAUUGGUCCAUGGAAAAUUGACGUCAAUGGUAGAGAACUUGAAUUCAAUGCGUUGACUUGUAUUGAUCCCGUGACAAAUCUCACUGAUCUUGCUUUUAUCAAGAAUAAAACUGCAGCACACGUGGCAAACGUGUUCAAAAUGCUGUGGUUGUCGCUGUUGGAAUUGCUCUCUUGGAGACCAUUCAUUGGAAUCUCCUUGAUAGAAGCAGUUUGA